GCAGCAGCCGCAGUCGCUGUCGCCUCACCAUCAUCGUCGGCGACCACAUUGACGGCAACGUCGUCGGCACCCAUUACCAGCCUCAAGCCGCCCACUUUACACAUUGGCCUGGCUGGCCAGCCGCCAGCACGUGUUAGCAAACGUAAAACCAGCAACAGUAGUAGUAGUAACAGCAAAGAAAGAGCGACCAAAACAAAAGCCGAAAUAAAAACAAAAAUCAUUUACAGCAACGAGACAACGGUUACGGAGAGCAACAACAUGACCACCACCACCAUAACAACGACCACCACGCGUGAGAAGGGAGCUGGUUCGAAUAAGACAACAACAACAACGACCAAGGAGGCCAUUAUACGAAAAGAGGGAACCUGCUCAGAUGAAAUGAAAUCCACAAAUGUUGGCGGCGAGAGUCUCAAGGAACGUACAACGCACAAAGAGGAACGCCGAAAAGUUGCCAAGGAAAAGAAACACAAACAUGAGGCCAAAGAAGAAGCCGAGCAAGCAGAGGCAGAGAAUAUUUACAAAGCCUAUCGCCAAGAUAAGCAAUGCCAGGAAAUUGAGGAAAAUUUGGAUAUUUUGCAAGAAAUCAAAGAGAUUUCUCAGGCCAUUACAGCUUUGCAGCAUGAGGCCGAAACCAAUGAGUCUGAAGUGGAUAAUCAACAAGUUGAGGAGAAUGUGGGCACAAAGAAAAAUGUUGGCGCAACACACAAAGUGGAUGCUGUUGAAACACAGCAACAUGGGGAUGCUGCAGUAAAUGAUGCUGACCAUUGCAGUCGGCGACCUAGUAAAGAGAACAUUGACUAUGAAAGUAAAGCCACUGAAGAGGCUGAGGCAGAGGCAGAAGCAGAGACUGAGACUUCCACAUUAACUCCAACAUCAAUGUCGACUGCAGCUGCUGCUGCUGCCCAGCAAGCAGAGCAAGGCCUCACCAACGAGGGCUUAGAUGAUAAUGAUGUUGUUGCCUGUGGCCCAGCUGAAGCUGUUGCUGACACUGCUGUUGUUGCGUCAGCGUCUACAAUGGCGGCGACCACCACCAAUACUGCCAAUGCCAACACUACCAACAUCAGUUGUAAUUCGGAGUUUGCAGGUGUCACAACACUCACGCAACAAAACAGUUCACCUCCCAAAAUUCCCCUUAUCACCACCUAUCAUGCUUUAUUGAGCCAAGAAAGUGAUCAGCCCCACAAACGGCCCACUCUACAAAGGCAAGACUAUUCUUGCCUAGAUUCCAGCGAAGCCCAAUCCGAUGAUAGUCACUUGACUCGUGAAUCCAUAACGCGAGAAUCACAAAACGACGAACUUUCCUCUUCGACUUUGGACAAAAUAGACGUUAGUACUUUGCCCUUGCCGGCUUUGCCGCCGAAAAAACGACGCACCAAACUCAGGGCGAGUCCCUCCAAACAUCACAGUCGCCGCUAUGGCAGCCCCCAACAUCAUCAGCAUUCAGAGCUAAGAGAUCCCCACAGUCCUGCCGAUAAGGGCCCACCCUCGAAAGACGAUUAUCAACAUCUGUCCGCCUUUCAGCGAUACGUUGCCAAGCGCCGCGAAAGUUUAGAGGCAUCUUCGCGCAGUUUCAACGAGAAACUGGAGGCGCGUAGAAUGCAUUACCAUAUGGGAGGCAGUGGCGGUGGUUCUGGUGCUUCCUCCUCCAGUGGUGCUGGCUUACACAUGCCCACCUAUUUGUUUGGCGAACAUUAUUAUGCGGGCUCGUCACGCAAAACUGUGGCUCCCGCCAAUAAGGAAGAGAUUUAUCUCAACAAGUCUGGUUGGGUGCAGGUGAAUACCAAGCGCACCAACGAUGAAAAUCGCGGCUAUCGUCGCUCCAACUAUGGCCAUCAGAAUGGAGAUUUACGCAACACCAUACGUGUCAUACAGAUCGAUAAUACGCGGCGCUCGGAUAUGACACGUCAGGCUUUGCUGCAGCACCAGCAUGCCAUAGUGGAGCCUCCGAAAUUUGUCAGCAGCAAGGUAGAGGAACUGAUACAGCGCAAUGAGGCCCGUUUGGGGGCCUCCAAUGGCCGUGAUUCCGCCCUAAGGCCAGGCUAUCGGAUUGUUGAUCCCCAGCUGGCCAGUAUACUGAACGAACGACCCGGCUUCUUGCCGGUGAAGAAUCUCAACGACCACGAAUCCCCGCCUCCCAUAACUCCCAUUCUCUCACCACCACCUGCCUUUCAAGAUAGCAGCGUCAAAGCCAAGUCUUUUGAUCGCCGUCGCACCAUUGCCAGUCGUCCCACACCCCAGCCCCAGACUAUGGUGGUCAACAAUUGCAAUCUCCAGGCCUCGAAUGUGCCCAACAACAAGGGUAUGGUGUUCUCGCGCAGCUUUGAGUAUGACAACCGCAGACCCACACCCACAGACACCUAUGUGGAGACCUUCUCGCGCAGUUUCGAUGGCAAUCUAACCGAAAGGCCAGCCAAGCCGGUUGCUGUGGCACGCGAUAGAUCGCCCAACUUUAGCACCCUUACCGGGAACUCGCCCAACUAUCUGAGCAAAAAGGACUCGGGUGGCGGCAGCAGUGGCAGUCUGAGAUCCAGAGAUUCUUCACCCAAAUAUCAAUCGCCGGCCGCUUCCAUAUCCUCAUCGCAAUCACCGCAAACCCAAAAGACUACCGCCUAUUUGAAUACAUCGGUGAAAGAAGCUCCUCCCUCGUACAGUGUAGCCGGCCAUACAACAUCGCCAGUGGCAAAUAAAUAUUCCCCCCGCUCCCAGCAUCAUGAACGCUCCUCAUUUGAACGUUCCAAGAGUCACAAUGUGGUGGGUAGAUCACGCAAAUCACAGUUUAGCCGUACCGGUAGCGGCAACAUAGGAGGAGUGUCAAGUGGUGCUAGUGUCGGGGGUGUCAUAGGAGGUGGUCCCAGUAAUCUAAAUGUGUCCAGAUUUCGAAGUUUUGAUACACCCAUGAGCCAGCGUUUGAAUUCAUGUGAUAGUGGUGCUCGUUCUGAUCUCUCCAAUGAUGAACUGGAUAAUGAUGAUGAUGAUGCUGGCUCUUCGGAGUUCCUCAACACCAACAGUUAUCAUCCCUCAACGUCGCCCUUCAAAAGUCAACGCCAACGCUCUUUAACUCCCGAUCGCAAUGAAUCACACAGCUCCUCGAGUAGUUUGCGCAAGCAACGUUCCCUAACACCAGAAUCACGUUCUCUUACGCCCGAGGAUCGUCGCAAAAAGGGCUCACAAUUAUCACUAAUGGGUUCGAGGCAAAAUUCCAGUUCACGCAGCAAUACCCUGGAGCGGAAUCGUGAGAAAGUCAAUAUCUCUCGUAGUUCUUCAAGUUCGAGCUAUAGUGGCGGGGAGCAUGAUAAUCAUGGCGUUGGUGUUGGUGGCAGUGCCAUGAAUGCGGGCAGUAGCCAAUAUCGCAGAUCGGUGAGCCGCAAUGCCAAACAAGCUGAGGAACAUCGGAUACGACGAUCGAGGUCCCUUCAAUUAACCGAACGCUCACCGAAUCGUGGCCACAAAAUGGUCGUCUGCGUAGGACAAACCCAUGUCAAUUCCAAUCAACCGCCCAUCUACCAACAGGCCAAUAUACGCAACAAUCAAAUGGGCACCAUGCCCAGCAAUAAUUUUCCGCCCACUAUACGCACCACUGGAAAAUCGCAAUCGAUACUACUGGGAGCCUCCAAUGGUGGCGCUAAGGUGGUGCGUCAAAGCGACAUCGAUAAAAGUCGAUCCUUCGAUUUCGAUUAUUGCAAUUACAAUUCACAAAACAAUGCCAUGAAGAGUCAACACAGCAGCAGUUCGUUGUUGGGUAGUGCGAGCGUCUUGAAUCGCGAUGGGGGAGCUAUGAGACUGGAUUUUGAUAAAUCGCGUUCCUUUGAUGAUGAUUAUCGUGAGGCCACAGUGGUGAGCAAUAACAAUUUGAAUGCGGCGGCUAUGCGUUAUUUGCAGGCAGCAGAAUCAACGGAGCGUAGUCAUCAGCGCAUGCGAAGAUCCUCGCCAGUGGAGGGUAUGGGCAGUGGUGGCGGAAGUGGUUCACGCAACACCAGAUCCCCUCAGAGUUCGGGCUCUUCGUGCAAUAACUUGAGUGUACCGCGUCAGACUACCAGUCCCCAGAAUUAUGGCACUCGUUUGUGUGAUCACGAGAUGACCUAUGAUCUGAUGCGUAAAUCCCUGGAUCGUUCACCCAUAAUGGAAUUCCGCAGGGGCGAUAGUGCGGGGGGAGGCAGCAGUGGAGGUGAUUAUGAUAUCCCCCUGGGCAUGAUGAGAAAUCGUGAGACCAUCAACUCGGGCGGCAAUUCCGAGUUGAAUUUCAUGAAUAACGAUGGCCGCAUAUAUGAGCAUGUGGGUUCGAAUUCUCUGAAGCAGCAAAGAUCAUUGCGGCGUACACACAGUCCCAAUGAGACACACUAUUCGCUGGAGCGUUCACAUGCCACAUCGUCGCGCGACGAAAUGACACCGCCCGAUGCAGGAGGUGACUAUCGCAAUGAGUACAACGAUAUGUAUCGGCGUACACGCAGCACCAAUCGAGGAAGAGACUUACACCCCACCAAAUCAAUUGCAAAUUUCCAUCAACCACAUGGCAAAACAGCUUCGCACAUCACAGCCACCGAUAGGGUCGUAUGUUCCCAAAACACUGCUGAAGCCUAUUGUGCCUCUUUGCCACGUCAGUGUGGUGCCUGUCGCCAUGUAUCCUUUGACAAGCAGCAUGACUAUUUGAAAUCCUUGCCUUUGAAAAGGAGAAAUCAAACAAAGUUAUGCUCCUCUUCCACCACAACCUCGCCUUUGCCCCAUGGUCUAAAACACUCGCUAUCUCUCAAUAACUUUACCCCUCAAAGUCGGGAUUCGGAAAAGGCCGCUGCCAUCAGAAAAUCCAAUAUUUCAAUGGUCAAAGUUAAUGUAAAUUCCAGCUGCACAGCAUUAAAGCACAAUGAAGAGGGCUGCAAAACAAACAUGGGCUAUGUCAAUAUUGUGGCCGCACGCCAGGAGGGCACAGAACAGAACUCAUCCGCUGCCAUGAAAAGUGGGCUCUCGGCAAUGGCCACAAACAUGCGUCCUUCAAACAACAGCAGCAUAACACAAUGGACAUUGCUAUGCAGAAAUGCCACUGCCUCAUGCAGCAGCUCUAUAUCCAUAGGCCCUGGCUCAAAUUCCUCUACCAGCUCCUCCUCGUUGACACCAUCAAAGGCAGCUUCUCCCGCUGCUGAUGCUGUUGAUAAUAAAAAUAAUAAAGUCAUAGAUGAUGAUGAUGGGCCAUUCAACACCACUACCACCACCAACACCAAAACCACCAACACCAAAACCACCAACACCAACAAUACCUAUGUCAAUGUCAAAUCAUCAAACGGAUGUCCAAAGCAUUCGUUGGCACCUCUCUCUAGCGCCUCUGUCUCCUUGGCAACAAAUCAAACAUUGGUAGUGCCCCGUGUCAUUCCAUUAGCUGCCACCUCCACCUUGGUAUUUUUAGGUGAUUUUGAAAUGCCUGUCACAAGGAAUCGCGAUGAUGAUGAUGAUGAUGAUGGUGACGAUGACGCCUAUGACGAUGACGAUGAUGAUGAUGCAGAUUUUUGUGACAUUUAUAAGACAAAGAAGGAUGACGAUGUGAGUGUUCAUCAAAAACCAGGCCAUAGUGACAUUCCCAGUCAUCCAAUACAAAGAAGGCAUUCCGAGGGUGCUGUUACUAUUAACAACAGUUUGGCAAGUUUUAGGCUUGCUGCCAAUUGCAGAGAUGCAAAGCAAAAGCCAACACUACCGUCCCCAAAAGCCAAGGCGAAGGCGAAUGCCAAGAGGAAGUCAGUGGCGGCGGCGGCCAACGAGUUUACAUCAACAAUAAAUAAAUCUGAGGAUAACAGCGUUACCCUAAUGACUACCAUGAGAAUUGCAGAUAGUGCAACCUCAAGUGGCAGCAAUUUUAGCGCAAGCAGUCCCAGCGGAAGUCGUAGCAGCAGGGGUAGCCAUGGCAGUGGCCCCACUAUGCUGGCUGCCACAAAUGGUGGCAUAAAGAAAAUACCCAACAACUCCAACAACAUCAGCUCCAAGUCAAAUAGUAAUUCAAGUGCAAAAUUUUCGCUGACAUCGAACCUGCUGAGCAGCUGUAAAAAUAAUUUGAAAAGUUUGCCAUCACCACCACCAUCACCAAUGAAACUACAAAACAUGCAACAACACUGCCAAAAUGUGCCGCAACAACAUCGACAAUUGGAACGUUUGAGUUCAGCAUCUUUGCCGGAUAUUUGCCUAGAUGUGGAUAUUGAAAAUCAUCAUCACAAUAUGGGAUUCCCUCGUACCAACACCACAAAUGAUGGUAUAAGUGUAGUUGGCGUUCGCAAUGGAUUCCCUACAAAUUUGUCUCAUCAAAUGCGUGCCGUUUCCAGUCCCUCCCUCACCGACAUGGGAGACCACUACCAAAGAGUACCCUCUAGUAAUUCAUCCUAUACCAACACCUCCAACGUAACCACCACCACAGCAACUAGUCAAAUUGAUUGUAAGAAUGCCAUUGCAAACAAUGCUCCAACAUCUAAUAGUGCCAUAGUGGCAGUACCACAAAAUGUUGGAGUUUUACAGAAAUUCAAGCGUACUUUAACCAACUUCAAUAAGCAACAGUCAAAUGGAGCAGCAGUUACCGCAAUUAAUCAGCAGCAACCAUCCGCUGUGAGUGACAACUGCGCUGGGGGCAACCUAAUGGUCACCGAUACAGAAAUGUCAACAGCGGAUGUUACCGAUGGCACCAGCAGCAAUAAAUACAGAUUUGGCCACCUGGUAUGGCGUUCAUCGAAGGAAAGGCGUAAGACCAAAUAUAAUCGCCGUGAUAAAUGCAACAGCGGUGAUUCCGGCAUACAAAUCGAACUGGAAAAUGAUGAGCAAUUCGCUAGAGCUUUGGCAGCCAAUGGUGGCAGUUUGAAUGGUUCCACUAAUGGCAUUGGUGGUGGCAGCAGUGCUGGCCUGUUGGUUGGCCGCAAGCAAGAAGGAUUGAAUUCUCUUCGCUUAAGAAGUGUGCGACGCACUAAUUCUGCCAAAGUCACCUCGAUUACAGAUCAAACGGUUUCGGAGGCUCUUAAUAAGACAAAACUCUUAAAACGCAUGUAUGGUAAUGGAGAACGCGAAGCACCCGAAUCAUUGCCCACAAGGUCGCUUAGUCAGCCCAAUGGUUUGGAAUCAUGUGGGAUGACAAGAAAUGAUUUGGAUGAUAGUGACAGUGACAGUGUUACCUCACAUGAAGAAGUCUCCUCCUCCUAUUAUCCCAUUUAUGCUGAAGUCCUGUACAAUUUCACUGCUGCCGGACCACAAGAGUUGGGCUUGGAAAAAGGCACCUUAAUUGAGAUAUUGCGCAAAGAGAUAGGCCCCUGGUGGUUUGGUCGCAUUAAAAAGGAGGAUGUCAGCCUGGUGGAAGAGAUUUUAGAUCCCGAAUUGGGCUGGUUUCCCAAAGAGUUUGUGCGCGUCAUUCAUUCACCCGAUACAGAUGCAUUUUUUCUGCGUCACAUGGUCGAGGAGGAGCAAAGACAAAAGGAACAGGAAAAUCAGCUUAUGGGUCACAUGCAAAUUAAUGAGCAACCGCCAUCAUUGCCCUCAGCGCUGCCACAAUCCUCGUCAUCAAUGGUCAACGAUAGUCAAAUGUUGAAUACAUCCUCUAGUGCGCCAUGUACGCCCGUUAACACCAGCUCCGAGGAUAAUUGUAAUAGCACUAUCAUCGAUAAGCACAAUGUCACAACCAUUGUAAUUGAAUCAUCAUCACCACCACCACCGCCAUCAUCAUUGUGCUCCGCAUUAUUAGUGGUGGAUGGAGAGCACCAGCAACAGCAACAGCACAAUGAACGUGAUCUAUCAGAGGAUACGACGCAAAAACAACAGCAGGAUAACUGUACCCUCAACACAUCAUCUACAAACUCUACCCUCACCACCUCCGCACUCACAGGCAAUGGCCAAACGAUAUUAUCGACUUCUCAAAGCCUUAACGUUUUAAUGGGCAGCACCGAUAUAUUGCGUCGUAGUGCUGUGAAAGAACUGCUGGAUACCGAAGUUAAUUAUGUCAAAUUAUUGCAAGCUAUAUGUGAAGGCUAUCUUCCUGCUAUGAGCAAACGUAUCGAUAUAUUCUCACCAAACAGUAUACGCUUGAUAUUCUCCAAUAUUACAGCCAUAUAUAAAUUUCAAAGGAAAUUUUUAGAUGCUCUACGCAAAGGUAUCGAACAGAAUCAAGUGGGCAAAGUCUUUUUGAAAAUGCACAAAGGAUUUUUAUGCUAUUCCACGUAUUGUAAUUCAUAUCCAAGGGCUUUAAUCGAAUUGGAGUCAUAUGAAAGGGUCAAAGAUGCACGCACCAUAUUAGAUAACUGUCGCGAAUCGGAAAAUCUAGCUGAACUUCCCCUAUCUGCGCAUUUGUUGGCUCCCGUGCAGCGCAUCUGUCGUUAUCCCUUGCAUUUGGCCGAAAUCAUAAAGACCUCCAGCAAAGGGGCAGAGCCUUCACCAUUUAGCCUGCAUGAAUAUGAACUAAUCGAUGUUAGCCAAUUGGAUAUACCCGAUACCACAGAGACCAUAGACAUGGCCUUGGAGGCUAUGAAAUCCAUAACCGAGGCAGUGAAUGAGGGCAAGCGUCAUAGUGAAACCAUCGCCCGUCAUCAGGCAAGUUUCCAAAAUUUCAAAGGUCCCCCUUUGCAUUUGCAUAGCAGCAGAUUUUUUGUGCAAAUCGAUGCAACGCGACAAAAGCAAAAUCUCUGGAACAGCAGUUGUACGCUGUUUCUAUUCGAUAAUCAAUUGGUCUAUUGCAAGAGGGACAUCAUCAAGAGAUCACAUUUCAUAUAUAAGGGAAGGAUAUUUCUGGAUCGCUGUCGGGUGGUGAAUGUGAGAGAUGGCAAAAUGUUUGGCCAUACCAUAAAGAACUCGCUAAGGAUUUACUGUGAGGCCAGGGAUAAGUGUUAUGACUUUAGCUUUCGUUCGGCCAAUAGGAAACAGCGUUUCCUAAACACCUUGGCCUUGGAAAGGCAAUUUAGUGGCAAGGCCUUGUAUAUAUCGGAAAUUCCAGGCCUGGAAUAUGCCUUUGAGGAGAGAGACUAUUCGGAUCAAUCCGACUAUGAGGGAGCCGAGAAUGAACAACAAAGGCUGAAGGAGUUUUUGUAUGAGGCCAAUUUGAAUAGUGCUUUGGGUAAUGGCAAUCAAACCAAUACAUCGGGGGAAAGCUCAGUGCCUGAAUCACCGGCCAAGUCUUUCAAAUACAGUGAUACCUUGCCCAAGAAGUCCACGCAACGUUUGGAAGCUACUACCGCGACGACGACGACGACGAUGGCGACUAAUCACAAUGAAGGCCAGACAACCGGAGGCUCCCUGGGCAGACGUCGCUUGGGCAAUUGGUUUCGCAAACCCAAGAGCUCAGCCUCCACGCCUAACCAAUCGCCCACCCAUAAGCAUACCCAUCCCCCGGCAGCACAUUCCACCGGUGAUUUACAAUUAGCAGGCACCGAAAUGGGUGAAACCUACACAGUCUUGGAGCAUGCCGAAAAUGGAGGUGUUAGUUCUUAAAGAAAUGUUGGAAUAAAAAAAAUCCUCGAAUCUCAAGACUUAAAUAAAAUGAAAAAUUUUUAAAUUUUAUUUAGAAACUCGAAAUUGUUAAGUUUUCAAAAGUGUUUUUUUGAAGUGGAAAAAAUUAAAAAUUUUAUUUUAAGUUUUUUCUUAUAAGAAAAAACAUUUCAAGUCAAUUAUAAUUGUUGUUAAUAUAUAAAAAACUUAAAAACGAAUAUAUUUAUUUUUAUAAUUAAAAUGUUUAAAUUUUUUCUUACAAAAAAAUAACUGUGUAAAAGAAAAACUCACUGUUUAUAUUUGUAAAUUUUUAUUUUUCAUUUACAAAGCCUAUAUGAAAUAAAGAAUUAAUUAUUUAUCUAAUUUUUUUAAAUUUACAAUUUUUAUGUAAAAUAAAAAAAAUGUUUAUAAUUUUUUUUUUUUGUUUUUUAACCUUAGUAAUAUUUAAUAAUAAAGUGUUUAUAUAAUUAUUUUGUUUUUUUUGUAAUUUAUAAUGUAUAAAAAUUGUAUUCUCUUUAAUUAUUAAUAUGGAUUUUAAGCUGUAUAGUUGUGCAUAUUUAUUUUUUUUUUUUAUUUUAAUUUUUGUAAAAAUAUGAAUUAUUAAUUUUUUAAUUAAACUUUAUUUUGAAUAAGAAAAACGAACGAAUGCAACAAACAAACCCUGAAGACGUUUUAUUGAUAUUUUUAAGAUUUUUUUAUUAAGUUUUUUAACUUUUUAACUUGUUUUUAAGUUUUUUACAAUUUUUUUUAUUUGUAACAAACAAAAAAAAUGGAAAACCAAAACAAAAUAAUAAAAUAAUAAUUUUUAUUGAAGCUAAACACAAUACAAAUCUUCAUUCAUAUACAUACAUACUUCUAUAUAACAGAAAAAAAAAACAGCAAAUGAAAGUAAAUGUUAACAUUGAGAGAAAAGCAAUUUUUUUUUAAACACCAAAACAAAUGUUAAGCCGAAAAACAAAAUGUUGAAACCAAAAUUAUUACAAAGGAUAAUAAUAAUAAUAAAGAAUAUAACAUUUUAUUAUAAAAAAAACAAAACAAAAAACUUAAAAAUUACAAUAAAUGUAGUAAUGAAAAAAAAUAUAUAUUAGUUAUUAUUACUAUAAACAAAGCAAAAAAAAACUUAACAAAAAGUCUGCAUUACUGUAAAAUUAAAAAAAAGAAACAGAAAUACACAAAAAUUUUUAAACAAAAAAAAAAAAUGGUUAAACUGUUUGGAAAACUUUCCCCUGCAUAUAUAUAACAAAAGUAUAUAUAUUUUCAAAAUAUACCCACAAAAA